AUGAGUUUGCUUCCAUUACCGGCAUCUGCAUUGGCCCUAUCGCAACACCCUGCCAACUCAAACUUCCGGACAUCAUCGCACAACCGCGGUAUGCGUGAUUCCUACCCGGAAUCGACUUUUCGUCCACCAGUUCUCGGUGGUGUGCAGUCCAGAUACGCUGCUCUAGCGGCCAUUCCUUCCCCGCAAGCCGAGCAGACGCACAUUGGAAAGAGCGACGCUCCCAAGGUCAAGAUUGGUGCCGGAGGCGAUGAAUCUGGACGAAAGUAUUUUCAUGACCUCCUCAGCAGAAGCAUCGAAGAUUUACCGGCCCAUGAAUACUCCAGCUAUGCGCAGAAGUGCGAAAGGGUGCACGGGCUGGUCUUAAAGGCCUUUGAAAGGGUAAUUUGCCAAUAUGUGGAGUUGGUUUUAGGCAGGGCUUCGGGCGGCGUAUCACCGUCGGAGCCUUCCAACGCCUCGAAUGUAGUUGAGCCUACAAACAAUAACGGACGAGUUUUCGAUAAUGCAGUAGUUGGGGUGAUUAAGUGUUACAUCUCAAUGACCAAAGAUGGAAUGCCGGGAAAACCCGGAUGGUUCACUGCCAGCGCUCCGAUGCCACUCACAGCAGAAGACCAGGCGGCGAGACUAAACCAGGCAAUACAGCUCAUGUUAGCGAUAGAAUCGCGUAUAUAUGACAUAUUUCGAGAGUAUAUCGCAGCGUACAAGAUGCGGUUCAUAUCGAAGAUGUUCAGUGUUGGCAACGAUGCCAUGCUCAGGUUGACUGACCAGCGGUUUAUUAAAGGUCUGCAGCGUGACUUUGUUGCAGCCGUCAACGAGUUGGUGCCACAGUGCUUCAAGGUGCAAUCUGAUGAUGACAAAAUAAUAGCCGUAAUGCUGCGCUACGCCGCCAGAACUGACGCUUCCUUGGCGGACGCAGUAAAAGAACUGCUCGUGCCAAAACCCAAUCCGUCGUUAGUAGCAAAGGUAAAGCAACGUAUCAAUAACUGGAACACGCUGAAAGAUGUUGAAGAGUUCUCCGCUUUGCUGAGUAGGCUUAACACCAGCGCACGAGCAAGCCUGAAGCGCCACUUAGACGACAGCGCCAAGCAGAGCAAGAUCACGCAGGCGCUGGCGUCACAGCAGCAGCAGAUCGAACUGUACCAGAAGCAACUAAGUGCAAAUUCUCAGGGUCAAUCGCCGCUGAGCUGCGGAUUCUCCUACAGAAUGCCCAAUACCAACCUCAACAUCAUGGGUUCCAUGCAGCGGUACGUUUCAGUCGCCUCACUUUAA